AUGGUGGUUCUCUUGAAACACUCAAACAGGUGUUUUCUUUCGUUCUGUUCUUUUCUUCUGUAAUUCAAUUAGGCAAAUCAUGUGUUUUUUUUAAAGAACAAUUUUUAGAGUGUUUUUUUGUUAAUAUUUUAAAAUUUAUGCAGACUUUGGUGGUGUAAUUAAUUUGUGUGUGCGUGUACUUUUUCGAAUAUUUCGCUAGCUUUACACCUUUGUAGAAUAUCAGUAAAUCAGUUACUGAUAAGAGUGGAAAUCGAUUUUAUUCUGUGUGACACUGUCCUGCAGUGAUAUUGCUUUAAUGUGCCUUGCAAAAGUGACUAAGAAUAUUACAAUUAUAUUAGUGAUUAAUACACUUCUUAGAACACACACCCUUUGUCUCUCUUAUGCGCUUUACUAACUAAAAAAAAAUCUGUGAAAAAGAAUCAAUUUAAAAAAAAAACGCCUAAGCAAUUAUGUCACAAACUGAUAAAGCGUUUUAUCAAUUGACCAUCAGCAUCCAGAAAGCCCUUAGUCCAGCUGAAUUUCCUCUAAAGGUCAAACAUGCUAGGGCAGCAAUUAUUGGGACAUUCCAUAGUGGAGGAGCACAUUCCUUCUGGGCCAUUGCUGUGCGGCAACCACUUCAAGAAAAUCGAAUUACAGCAUGGAAAUUUUGCCAUUUAUUGCACAAAGUCCUGAGGGAGGGUCAUCCUAAUGCAUGUCAGCAUUCAAUGAGACAGAGAGGAAUGCUGACAGAACUGGGAAAACUUUGGGGUCACCUCAAAGAUGGAUAUGGGACUUGUAUUAAGCAGUAUACAAAGUUACUAGUGACAAAACUAGAAUUUCAUGAUCGGAAUCCCAGAUUCCCAGGGAGCAUGGCAAUGAAAAAGGAAGAAUUGGAGCAAAUUGGUGGCAAUGACAUUAACUAUUAUUUUCAUUUGGCCGUGGAAAUGUUUGACUAUUUGGAUGAAAUUAUCGCUCUCCAAGAUGCUGUGUUUAAGAGUCUGACCACUUUUCAUGUGAGCUCAAUGACAUCAGCCGGACAAUGUAGAGUAGCACCUCUGAUUCCCUGUAUUCAAGAUUCCAGUCCACUUUAUGACUUUCUCGUUCGAAUAAUGUUCAAAUUGCACUCAAAUCUACCAAGUGAACUCCUUACUGGCCAUCGUGAACGUUUCCGGACGGCUUUCAAUCAAUUGGCAAAAUUCUAUGAUGAAUCCAGAAGUUUGCAGUAUUUUGUGAGUUUGAUCACAGUGCCACAAUUGCCACCACAUGCUCCCAAUUUUUCAUCUCAAGUGGACUUUGGGGAGUAUCAGGCACCCGUUGUGGUGAUACCUAAUAGUGAACCAGAGCCAGAAGUUGAGGAAUUUGUGGACAAUUUGGUGGAUAUGUCGAUGCAACAGCAAGCAGUUCAACCGCCACCACCGCAACCAUCUAUUGAUUUUGAAAAGCUUAUAAUCGAAAGGGAUGAACUUAUCAGGCAUUUGCAGUUGGAAGUUGAGAGAUUAGGGAGAUCUCUAAAAAGUAGCUCAGUGGAAAAUCGGGAACUUCAGUCUCGUUUUGAGGAACAAUUAACGGCUAUGAACUCGGAAUUGUCUCAAGCGCAGGAGGAAAUGGAAUUGAUAAAGGCUGAGAAGGAAGAAUUAGAAAUGAAAGCGCAAACUGCACCAACUUUAGAACAAAAAGCAAUGGCUGAGGAAGAACGUGCCAAAGCCAGCGAAGAAAAAUUCCAGAAAUUAAAGACAAUGUACUCUCAAAUUCGGGAUGAGCAUGUUAAACUCUUGAGAACUCAUGGAGAAGUGAGUAAAAAAUUGGCAUCUUCAUCAAAAAUAGUCACAGAGGUGACUAGAGAGAAAGAAGAAUUGAGAUGUCAACUUGAAGACAUUCAGCAUCAGCAGGCAAAAGUUGAGGAGACUCUGCAGCAGAGUUCCAGUGAAGCACAUCGAGAGAAGGAUGAAUUGCAGGGGAAAUUGAAGGAACUUGAGGAGAAAUUUGAAGAUAUGGAAGCUAAUAAAUCAGCAGAAAUUGCCGAAUUGAGAAUAAAGUGUGACAAUUUGGCCAGAGAAGUGGAUGAAGCUAAGAGCGAAAAUGAACAACUUGUGUCUUUUAAAGACAAUUUAUCAUCAGAUAAGGAAACCCUUGUAGCUGAUCUGGAGGCUUUGAAGGAGAGUCACAGAAAGGAACUUACAAAUUUGCAAGAAGAAAUUGAUCAUUUGAAGCAUGAAGUUGAGAAGAAUUCCAAAGAAAGCGGUGAAUUACAGGAAGAUCUUGAGAAGCAAGUAGCUUCUUUGCAGAACGACAAAGGUGAUUUAGAGGCCAAAUUGAGUGAAUUGACUGCUGAAAAGGAGUCAGAAAUUGAGGUGCUAAAUUGUAAAUAUGAUGAAGAAGUGAAAAAGAGUGAAGAUUUGAAGGUGGAAUUAGAGCAGAAGAUUCAGGAAGUUGAACAAGAAAAGGAAGCACUUAUUAGUGAAAAGGAAGAUCUUUGCCAGCAACUUGAAGCCGUUAAAAGUGAUGUUCAGGCAAAAUCUGAAGAAAUUGAAAGUGUUAGGGAAAAUUUGGAGAAGGAAUUGAGCGAUGCAAAUGCACAAAUUGAAACCUUGAAGGGUAAUAUGGAAGAGAUGCAAGCUAAACAUGAGCUCCUCGUGCAGAACUAUGAUCGUCUGAUGGUGGACAAAUCUGAUAUUGAGUGUGAAUUGCAAGAUUUACUUCAUCAACAGACAGAAUUGGAGGAGCAGCAUACAGCCACUCUGCAAACUGUGGGUAAUCUCGAAUCAGCUCUUAAGGAUGCACAAAUCCAUGGAGAGGUCGUGGUUAGAUCUCUUCUGGAGGCCUGCAUUAAGUCUUCUGAGAGUCUGGCUACUCGAGCUAUCUCUGAGGAUGAGUUCAACAGCAGAGCAUCAGGAAGUCCGACAUAUUUUGGGCUGUUAGCCGAUGAAUUGCUGGAUGUACUGACCAAACUGGGACUCAGUCAUGGUCAGUAUGUGACAGACAAUGCCAGUGUGGAGCCUUUUGCCCGGAAAGUUAUUCUGGCAGGGCAUCUGAUGGCUACAGUUCAAAUGCAAGGUGCCAUCGUUUGCAAUUCAACUUCGGACAUUGAAUACGGUGAACAAAUUGCUGAAGAACUGAAAGAAUGGUACACUAAGCACCAUAUUCGGCUCUUUGAAAGUCUCUUGAGCACAAAGGAUACAACAUCUGCUGCUGCUGCCCUGGAAGAAGUCAAGACGCAUCUUCAGGCGAUUGCUGAUAGAAUUGGAGCCCUGAGCAAAAAGUUGGAUCCCACUGAGAAUAUUGGGGAUCUCUUUGAGACGGAACUGGCCAGCAUGGACAAGGCAAUUGAAGAGGCAGCCACGAAAAUUGAGGAUAUGCUCUCGCAGUCCAGAGCAUCAGAUUCUGGAGUGAAGUUAGAAGUGAAUGAAAAGAUUCUGGAUGCCUGCACAAUAUUGAUGCAGUCUAUCAGGAUACUAGUGCAGAAAUCACGGCUCGUACAGGGAGAAAUUGUGGCUGUGGGGAAGGGUACAGCAACAGCCAAGGAGUUCUAUAAGAGAAACCAUCAAUGGACGGAGGGUUUGAUAUCGGCGGCUAAGAGUGUAGCACAGGGAGCUAAUUUCCUGGUGACAGCGGCCAAUAAAACAGUUUCAGGGGAAGUUAAACAUCAGUUGGAUUUAGUUGUGGCUGCCCAGGAGAUUGCUGCAUCUACUACUCAACUUGUUGUGGCCAGCCGGGUGAAGGCUCCACGAGGAUCCAGUAAUUUGUCUGCUCUUGGAACAGCUUCCAAGGGUGUAACGCAGUCAACAGCAGCCGUUGUGGCAACAGCCAAAGAUUGCACAAAACGAAUGGAGGACUCACAGGAUUUGGAUCUAGAGAAGCUCACGGUGCACCAGGCCAAGAUGAUGGAGAUGGAAUUGAAGGUUCGUGUCUUGGAGUUGGAGCAGUCUUUGGAGUCUGAGAGGCUUCUCUUGGCGGCAUUUAGGAGGAAAAACUAUCAAUCUGGCGAGGAUGGAGCUAAAAACUAACAUCAUUUCCACAUACAUCACCUUAGGGCAUCACAGUCUCUUCAUCCCCACUACCUAACACCACCCUUUUUAUACCGAAAUUUUCCUCAAGCUUGUUUUGUCUGGAAAAUAAAAGAUUAUAUAUAUAUCAAGAUUUUUUUGAUGAAUAAAUGAUAAUAUUACAGAAAAUUUA